CAAUUCGUCCGUCGUCGUCAAAAACCCGUCGGAACGGUGAAAAGUGGAAGUUUUUCCGUCGACCUUUUUCCGGGAUUUGUCGUCUUUGUGGCCCCGACGGAAAAACGGCCCCUGUUCCGUUGGUUAAAAGGCUUUUCCGGCCGUCAGACCGCGGAUGAAUACACUCGGCAGAUUCCGGCUGUGUGUCUGUGUUGGCCAUGUUGUUACUUUCUCGUAGAUAAUGGCAGCCUCGACACGGUCUCUCUAGACGGCCGUUUUAUCAUCCGUUCUCUCUCGUCGACCGUCAGUUCAUCAUUUUCAGUCCCACCUGGGCAAAACAACGUUGGAAAUGGCGCAAAUACUCCCGAUACGCUUUCAGGAGCACCUCACGCUUACGAGCGUGGGGAUAAAUCAAGCUAGUGUUAGUUUCAGCUCCUUGACUAUGGAAUCGGACAAAUUCAUUUGUGUAAGAGAAAAAGUGGGGGAUUCUUCGCAGGUUGUUAUUAUCGAUUUAAAUGAUACAGCAAACCCUAUAAGACGCCCAAUAUCUGCCGAUUCUGCAAUAAUGAAUCCAGCCAGUAAAGUUAUAGCUUUAAAAGCCCAGAAAACAUUGCAAAUCUUUAACAUUGAAAUGAAAAGUAAAAUGAAAGCUCACACAAUGAUUGAUGAUGUUGUAUUUUGGAAAUGGAUUUCAUUAAAUACAUUAGCGUUGGUGACAGAAUUAUCAGUAUACCACUGGAGUAUGGAAGGAGAGUCUCAGCCAGUCAAAAUGUUCGACCGACAUUCCAGCUUGACAUCAUGCCAAAUAAUAAAUUAUAGAACAGAUUCUAAGCAAACAUGGUUACUCCUUAUUGGGAUAUCAGCACAACAAAAUCGUGUUGCUGGAGCUAUGCAACUUUACUCUGUUGAAAGAAAGUGUUCUCAGCCAAUCGAAGGUCAUGCUGCUUCGUUUGCGCAGUUCAAAAUGGAGGGUAAUGCAGAAAUGUCUACCUUAUUCUGCUUUGCUGUCCGUUCAACUCAAGGAGCAAAGUUGCAUAUCAUUGAAGUGGGCCAGCCUCCAACUGGUAAUCAGCCAUUUUCAAAGAAAGCAGUUGAUGUUUUCUUUCCAGGAGAAGCAGCCAAUGAUUUCCCAGUAGCGAUGCAAGUUAGUGCAAAAUAUGAUGUAAUAUAUUUAAUCACAAAGUAUGGGUACAUUCAUCUUUAUGAUCUGGAAACUGCCACUUGUAUUUAUAUGAACAGAAUCAGUGGUGACACAAUUUUUGUAACUGCACCACAUGAAGCAACUGGGGGUAUUAUAGGUGUCAACAGGAAAGGGCAGGUGUUGUCUGUGAGCGUUGAAGAAGAUCAGAUCAUUCCUUACAUUAAUAACGUUCUACAUAACCCCGAGUUAGCUCUAAGAAUGGCCGUAAGGAAUAAUUUAGCCGGUGCAGAAGACCUAUUUGUUAGAAAAUUCAAUACGCUUUUCCAGAACGGACAAUACGCAGAAGCAGCAAAGGUUGCUGCAAAUGCUGCCAAAGGUAUCUUGCGAACUCCACAAACCAUUCAACAAUUUCAACAGGUGCCUAAUCCCCAAGGGUCAACUUCGCCGCUUUUACAAUAUUUCGGAAUUUUGUUGGACCAGGGGAAAUUGAACAAAUAUGAGUCAUUAGAAUUGUGCCGGCCUGUCCUUCAACAAGGGAGGAAGCAGUUGCUUGAAAAAUGGUUGAAAGAAGAUAAAUUGGAAUGUUCAGAAGAGUUAGGGGAUCUUGUUAAAAAUGCUGACCCUACUCUUGCGUUAUCCGUUUACUUACGAGCUAAUGUACCGAACAAGGUCAUUCAGUGUUUCGCCGAGACUGGACAGUUUCCAAAAAUAAUAUUGUAUGCGAAAAAAGUCGGAUACACCCCUGAUUACAUAUUUUUGCUCCGAAACGUGAUGAGAGUGAACCCAGAUCAAGGUGUCGCUUUUGCUCAAGUGCUAGUACAAGAUGAAGAACCAUUGGCAGAUAUUAAUCAGAUUGUAGAUAUUCUGAUGGAACAGAACAUGGUACCCCAAUGCACUGCUUUUCUUCUCGAGGCCUUGAAAAACAACCGUCCUUCUGAAGGACCUCUUCAAACGAGACUUUUGGAAAUGAAUCUCAUUGCUGCCCCACAAGUAGCUGACGCCAUUUUGAGUAAUCAAAUGUUCACUCAUUACGAUCGUGCGCACAUUGCACAGCUGUGUGAAAAAGCUGGUUUGCUCCAGAGAGCUUUGGAACAUUACACCGAUUUAUAUGACAUCAAAAGGGCAGUGGUUCAUACACAUUUAUUGAGUGUUGAAUGGCUAGUCGGUUAUUUUGGUACACUUUCUGUGGAAGAUUCUCUCGAGUGUUUGAAAGCUAUGCUUACUGCAAACAUCAGGCAAAAUCUCCAGAUUUGUGUACAGAUAGCCACUAAAUACCAUGAACAACUAACAACUAAAGCACUUAUCGAUUUAUUCGAAUCAUUCAAGAGUUAUGAAGGCCUAUUCUAUUUCCUUGGCUCGAUUGUAAAUUUUAGCCAAGAUCAGGAAGUCCAUUUCAAAUAUAUUCAGGCUGCUUGUAAAACGGGUCAGAUCAAGGAAGUCGAACGGAUCUGCAGAGAAUCUAAUUGCUACAAUCCAGAACGAGUGAAAAAUUUCUUGAAAGAAGCCAAACUGACAGAUCAAUUGCCACUCAUCAUUGUAUGCGACAGAUUUGAUUUCGUACACGACUUGGUGUUGUAUUUGUACAGAAAUAACUUGCAGAAGUACAUUGAGAUCUAUGUGCAAAAGGUUAAUCCAUCUAGACUCCCAGUUGUGAUUGGAGGUCUGUUAGAUGUUGACUGCUCUGAAGAUAUCAUUAAAAACUUGAUGAUGGUUGUAAGAGGGCAGUUUUCCACUGAAGAGUUAGUGGCAGAGGUGGAAAAACGUAACAGAUUAAAGCUUUUACUGCCUUGGCUCGAGACCAGAGUUCACGAAGCUUGCAUCGAACCUGCUACACACAAUGCCUUGGCCAAAAUUUAUAUCGAUAGCAAUAAUAACCCAGAAAGAUUUUUGAAAGAUAAUCAAUAUUAUGACAGCAAAGUUGUUGGAAAGUACUGCGAGAAGAGGGAUCCCCAUUUAGCGUGCGUGGCCUACGAACGUGGACAGUGCGAUCGGGAGCUUAUUAACGUCUGCAAUGAAAAUUCAUUAUUCAAAUCUGAAGCAAGAUACCUUGUAAGAAGGAGAGAUCCGGAAUUAUGGGCUGAAGUUUUACAUGAAAACAAUCCAUAUAAACGACCUCUUAUAGAUCAGGUUGUACAAACAGCUCUGUCUGAGACCCAAGAUCCUGAAGACAUUUCUGUCACUGUAAAAGCUUUCAUGACAGCGGAUCUGCCUAAUGAAUUGAUCGAAUUACUUGAAAAGAUAGUGCUAGACAAUUCAGUCUUCAGUGACCACAGGAAUUUGCAAAAUUUGCUCAUAUUGACAGCAAUUAAAGCGGACAGAUCAAGAGUAAUGGAAUAUAUAAACAGAUUGGAUAAUUAUGAUGCUCCAGAUAUUGCGAAUAUUGCUAUCAACAAUCAGCUCUAUGAAGAAGCUUUUGCUAUUUUUAAGAAGUUCGAUGUGAACACCUCUGCUAUCCAAGUGUUGAUUGAAAAUGUCAACAAUCUGGACAGAGCUUACGAAUUUGCCGAACGCUGUAACGAACCUGCUGUUUGGAGUCAGCUGGCAAAGGCCCAACUGCAGCACGGUCUUGUAAAAGAAGCUAUCGAUUCUUUUAUAAAGGCCGACGAUCCAUCUGCAUAUAUCGAUGUCGUCGAAACUGCUCAUAAAACAGAAAGCUGGGAAGAUUUAGUAAGAUAUUUGCAAAUGGCAAGGAAAAAGGCCAGGGAAUCUUAUAUCGAAAGCGAGCUCAUCUAUGCUUAUGCUCGCACCAACAGACUUGCAGAUUUAGAGGAAUUCAUUUCUGGCCCUAAUCAUGCCGACAUCCAAAAGAUUGGGGACCGUUGUUUUGAUGAUAAAAUGUACGAACCUGCGAAACUUUUAUAUAAUAAUGUUUCCAAUUUCGCUCGACUGGCAAUCACUCUUGUACAUUUAAAAGAAUUUCAAGGUGCAGUCGAUAGCGCUAGGAAAGCAAACAGUACGCACACAUGGAAGGAAGUGUGUUUCGCUUGCGUCGACAGCGAAGAAUUCAGAUUAGCCCAGAUGUGUGGUCUGCACAUAGUAGUCCACGCUGAUGAACUAGAGGAUUUAAUCAAUUAUUAUCAGGAUAGAGGCUAUUUUGAGGAACUUAUCAACCUCCUAGAAGCGGCUUUAGGAUUAGAGCGUGCACAUAUGGGCAUGUUCACAGAAUUAGCUAUAUUGUAUUCAAAAUACAAACCAGCAAAAAUGCGUGAACAUUUAGAAUUAUUUUGGUCACGUGUCAAUAUUCCUAAGGUAUUGCGCGCUGCAGAACAAGCUCACUUAUGGGCUGAACUUGUUUUUCUGUAUGACAAAUACGAAGAAUACGAUAAUGCUGUCUCAGCCAUGAUGAACCAUCCAACUGAAGCAUGGAGGGAGAGCCAUUUUAAGGAUGUUAUCACAAAGGUGGCAAACAUUGAACUAUACUACAAGGCAAUUCAAUUUUAUCUCGAUUACAAACCAUUGCUGUUAAAUGAUAUGCUACUUGUACUUGCACCAAGGAUGGAUCAUACCCGUGCUGUUAAUUUCUUUAGCAAGGUGAAUCACCUACAACUUGUGAAACCCUACCUUAGAUCUGUUCAGUCUUUGAACAAUAAAGCUAUUAAUGAAGCGUUGAACAAUUUGCUAAUCGAAGAAGAAGAUUUCCAGGGCGUGAGAACAUCGAUAGAUGCUUUUGACAACUUUGAUAAUAUCGUGUUGGCGCAAAAAUUAGAAAAGCAUGAACUAAUAGAAUUUAGGAGAAUUGCGGCCUAUCUGUACAAAGGGAACAAUAGAUGGAAACAAAGCGUCCAGCUUUGCAAAAAGGAUAGGCUAUUUAAAGAUGCUAUGGAGUAUGCUGCAGAAUCUAAGAAUUCAGAAGUCGCUGAAGAACUGUUAGCGUGGUUUCUAGAGAAGGGGAAUCAUGAUUGCUUUGCAGCUUGCCUAUUCCAGUGUUACGAUCUCCUUCAUCCUGAUGUUAUAUUGGAACUAGCCUGGAGACAUAAUAUUAUGGAUUUUGCAAUGCCUUACAUAAUCCAAGUUACACGUGAAUAUAUUUCAAAGGUUGAUCAAUUGGAAGAAUCAGAAACUAGAAGGCUAGAAGAAAGAGCAGAACAAGACCACAAGCCAAUGAUGAUGCCUGAACCGCAGCUAAUGUUAACUGCUGGUCCUGGUAUGAUGGCGCCUGGAUUUUCAUCAGCCUAUCCAAACACAUAUGCACCAGGAAUGCCGUACCAAGGAUAUGGAAUGUAAGACAACUAACUAUUAGUGAAGCAGGGCUAUGAUUAAAUAUAAUUUCAUGGACUAUGGUCUUAUUGUCGUUUUAUAUUUUAUCAUUUAUUUUUUUAUCUCACAUGUCUUAUUCAACCAUUAUUUGUUAUUUGUUCUAAAAUUCUAUUUAACCCAAAUUUUCUUUGUCAUCCUCAUUUAGAUAAUAAUGUGCAAUGCUAUGAGUGUUAUAUCUCUCUUUUAAGGGGAUGCUAGUGUCGGUCUGUGAAAGGUAGCUCUACAAAUUUUAGAUAAAAUAAUCGAUCAUAAAUAAAUUAGCUAUUUAAAUAUAUAAUUAUAUAUAUUGUAAAACAUAAUAUAUCAAUUAUAUUGUACCAAAUGAGUUAGAGUUGAAACUCUUGUUUGAAUUUCAAGCUAAGGUCUGACCAAAGCUAUCUGCAUAAUUGUUUAAAAUAAUCAGUAAUUCAAAACGUUUCUUGUACCGUUGCUAAUCGGAUUAUCGAUUAGGCCGUUAUUUCUUGUCUACGUCUGAAGAUUGUGUGAAUAGGCUCACAAGGCUUAGAGCGAAUAGCAGUUUGAACUAGUUGUUAGAUAUAAACAUUUAUUGUUUGCAUUUGUCCAUUAAAAAAAAAAAAAAAAAAAAAUUGAAGAAAAAUCCUUAGUCCAUGGCCUCUUGAAUGAUACGAUUCUCGGACACCUGUGAGAAUCAUGAUGUUGCCUUCAUUAAAUGUGCUUUGAUAACUAGACAAUUCCAUUGCUAUGUUGUAAAACUGAUUAUUUAUGUUAUAGUUCUUCAUAUUGUUAUAUUUAUUAUGAAUUAGUCAUAAUGAAAAAAUAAAUAAAUAUUAAAAAAUGGAAGGGUGGUAAAAAAUUAAAUCAUCCCACUGACUGUUGAUAAAUAAAUUGUGAAUGAUGAAACAAUUAUCUAUUUUUUAUAGUAUUUUAUUUUCUUGUUAAGUUAUAGUUUAGCUAUAAAAUUAAGCAUUCCAUUUUUCCAUUUGUACACUUCAAACACUUAUACAGAAGCAAAGAGAAGGAUGACACCUUACACACAUAUGUUAUAUAUAAUUGAAAUUUAAAAUAGAUAAAUGUUAUAAUUAAUAUAUGUAUGUAAAAGAAAGAAAAUUGUAAUUAAUUGAGAAUGCUAUUGAUAUGUAUUGUUAAUUUAUAUUUGUUUAGUAUGGCUUAAAGCUAAUACAUUGACAUUACAAUAUAUUUAAAAAAACAAAAACAGUAUUUAAUUCUUGGUUUUAUACCGAGCAUAUUUCCGUCAUACUGUGGGAAGAUAUAUAUUUAAAAUAUAAUAAAGUAAAAAUUUACAACAGUUUUGGCAGCCCGGGGGUUCAACAAUAUGAUCAAAGGUAAUUUAUUAUUUAUAAACUAAGUUUUGCUCUUUCAGUUUUGAUUUUGUUAAAUGUUUGUUUAGUUAUAUGUAUUAUUUAUUAUAUUUACAAAUAAAAAUGAUUGGUGCAGUCAAAUGGGUUAUAAGCAUUUAAAAAAAAAUCAUUUAAAAAAAUGCUGCCCUCGUUAACUCAAAUGGUCGAUUAACUGUUGUAUGCUAAGGGGUGUUUAUUUGCUCAAAACACUUAUCGACGAUUGUAAUACUCAAACUUGUUAUUUACAGUGUAUUUGGUUCUGACUUAAAUUUAACUAAAUGCUCAUCCUUUUUUUUAUAUCAAUCAGAGCCUAAAUAUUGCAAUAUUUGUCUUUUACACUUCUGCCAUGGCUUUAUUUUUGUUCUUCUUAUAUUUUCUUUUUACUUUAAUUGAUAACCGCUUUGUUUAUAUCAGAUUUAUAAGCAGGAUUUAAACAAAUGGCCCUUGGUAUUCACUUACACAUUAAAUUUGGCUAGUUAAGGAAAUAUAUAUAAAAUAAAAGUCAGUAUUGUAAACAUAAAUAAAACUUCCUAAAUGUGCA